GUGCUGUAAUCCACAACACCAAGUGUCCAAUGUCGUAGGAGUUGGUAAGAUACCGCGGUGCCACCAUCUGACUGACCCCAAUUGGCAGGUUCAGACUGCGCAGGAUCCUGAGCUGUAAACAAGCAGAGAGAGGAAUUCAGCGAGAUCCACACAUUACAACCAACAGCAGGCCCAUGUAAAUUACAGACCUGGGGAACCAGAUGAGUCCAAGAUGCUCAGUUUUGGAGAAAAUGACCUUCUCAUACAAAUCAUAAAGUGGUCGCCAUGGUAACUGUAGGUCAUCCCUUGACAGAAGUUCCUUCUUCCUGUUUGAAAAGAAGACAAUUAUUAUCUGUCAAGUCCGUUUAUAAGCAUUUCAGUGACAGUAACUUUCGCCCAACUCAUUUGAGCAGCGCCACCACAAGGAGACAUCAAGUAACAACACCCAGUGAGUGGAACUGAAGGGGACUGUUUACUUUCGAGCACCUAGUUUUAUUCAUUAAAAUAUCAAUAUUUGCCCUAGCGUAUAGAUUGUGGUACUGCACAAGAAAGGACGACUAUUUAUGAACAAAUGGAUAUUUUGACGCACCUCUAGUGUGUGUUAAUCAGUUUGGUUGACAUCCCAAAGAGGUAGCCCACAAUGUUCAACCAGUUAAUCAUAUAAUAACAUCUCAGAUUUAUUGUGUUCCACUGGAGGACACAAGGGCAAUGACAAUGAUUACUAUUAUUUACCUUGAAUUUGCACAAUUCUCUCAAGGAUUUUUAAGGGGAAAAUGUCAAUAAAUAAAGAAUAAAUCCCUUGUGGCAAAAGUGGCAGAAAACUAUUUAAAUCUCAAAUGUCUUCAACUUCUGCUAACGCAACAAUGUAAUAAUAAAAGGGACAUUUUCUGCACAAAUAGUAUUUUACAUUUGAUUUAACUAAAAGUGUGAAUUCAUUUGAUUGUCACAAUUGUGUGUGCCCAUGUUGCUGUAUUCUGAUUUUCAUUUCCACGCCAUCAAUGUCAAAAUAUCAAGCAGCUAUUCAGAAAGUAGGGUGAAAUUGUUGUUGUACCUGAGAGAUUGAUCACAAAGAACAAUUUCAAAUAACUUCCACAGCAUGAAAGGGAAUUCACAAUGCAGCCAUUGGUGUUUUGACAAGAGAGAAAAGGCUGCAGUUGGUUUGGAGUUUUCUUUUGAACUAUGAUGUUUCACAUUCAUUUUACAGACCCAAAUUUUGAUGCAUCUGUUCUGAAACACCAGUAUGUCUAAGUGAGAGGUGAGUGAAAAAUCCACUGUAGUGUGUCAUGUGACGUGGCAUCAGUUUACCUCUUGUAGCACAGUAAUGUUUGCUCACAGCACUCCUCUGUGAUCUCAUUAUACUAAAGGAUACCAAAGGACAUAUGAGGUCAGUGUGGGAGUUACCUGCUUUCUGGGGUCAAAAGCUAUUUUCCUAUAAAAAUGUUGGUGUGACAAUGCUUGUCAAUCCCUCCAUCCCACCCAAAUGUCCUUCUCCCCAGACACAUCCUCCAGCUUCACCCGGGAAAUCGCAAGCCAUUACUUCACAAGCAAAUACUGAAGAUAAGACAAAGCUAGGUGGGGUGUAUCAUCAUCUUGUGCAUGUUCUGAACCUGCCUCUGGAUCCAUAGGCAAUCUUCCUCUGUCCUGAUCAGCAGGUGAAUGAGCAGCCUGGCGUAGCUCUGCAUCAUAUGCGGCUCCAGGUUCGGCAGUGUGACCAACUCAUAGAGCAACUUGAUGAAGAAAAUGUGGUCAUCUUUACUGAACCUCCGGCCAUAGAGCUUCAGAUAGCUGUGGUCUUGUAGGUGGACCUUGCUCCAGCACUUACGAGAAGAGUUUCCUGCACCAGAAAGCGACUCCAGGCCACAUCUCUCUGAGGAGAACAGCCCGGGACAAGCCCGAUUUGAUCCCCGCCAGCAGCUGCGUGGCCUCCCGGUCCAAGCGGCCGGAUUUCUUCUGGAUGACAAAUUGUUGAGGAAACUUUGCUGGUGGUCCCCCCCUGAUCCGAUCACCAAGGUGAGAAGGGAACAAGGAGAUGAGGGAAUAAGGAAAAGGGAGAAGGAGGCAGACUUUCCAUCACUGCCCCUGUGGAGCUGCAGCAGGGACGAGCCUACCAGCUGUGAUUUCUUGUCGUGAGAAAGGCAGAGCUGCGAGGAAACGCAGGAAUGAGUCUACUGAGAGGUUUCUCCUGGCUUUUGAUAUUCCUCUAUGCAGGUGUAGAUGGUGCAAAGGUCGACAAUGUGUCGUUUCAAAUCUGUCGACAUCCAUGUGAGGACCUGGUGAUUUUGCUGACUGAGAUCCAGGGCCUGCGUCUUGUGACCAACAACCUGCUCGAAGAUCUGGAAAGAGUAUUAAAAGAAAAUGAAGAGAUGCGCUUAUCUUUGGCAGACCUGAGCAACAGCAGCAGUAACAACAUCAGCAGACAGAACAGCAGCAGCAGCAGCAGUAGCAGCAGCAGCAGCAGUAGUAGCAGUAGCAGUAGCAGCAGCAGCAGCAGUAGUAUCAGUAGCAGUAGCAGCAGCAGCAGCAGCAGCAGCAGCAGCAGCAGCAGCAGCAACCGAAACCGAGAUGGAGACAGCAGUGAUGGCAAUGAUCUUGACAGAGACGGAGGCAGAGACAGAGACGGAGAGCUGUGGUGUGUGCAGGAUGGACGAGUGUAUGAGCAGGGAGAGGAUUGGGAGGUUGACAGCUGCACCUCCUGUACAUGCCAGGAUGGAGAGGCAGUGUGUCAGCAGGUGUCUUGCGCUCCUGUAUCCUGCAUAAAUCCAUCCUUUAUUGAUGAAAAGUGCUGCCCUGUCUGUCUCGAUAACGAAGAUGGCUGGUCCCCAUGGUCUGAGUGGACCCACUGCUCUGUCUCCUGUGGACGUGGAGGGCAGCAAAGGGGCCGAUCGUGUAACAGCAUCAUGCCGUCCUGUGCCGGUCCAUCGGUUCAAACCCGCAGCUGCAUGCCAAUGAAGUGUGACCGCAAGGUGCACCUUGAAGGGAACUGGGGCCAUUGGUCGCCUUGGUCUGCGUGUACAACCACAUGUGGAGAAGGAAGCAUCACGCGUGUACGUCUGUGCAACAACCCUCCGCCAGUGAAAGGCAGCAGAGGGUGCUCAGGCAGCGCCAGAGAGACACAACCGUGCAACAACACACUCUGCCCCAUUGCUGGAGGGUGGACAGGCUGGACUGAAUGGUCACUGUGCUCAGAAUCUUGUGGAGGAGGCCUUUCAAGUCGCCAGAGAGAGUGUUUGAAACCUGCCCCACAGAAUGGUGGGAAGCCUUGUGCCGGAGACACUGUCGACUACGAAGCUUGUAACAAACAACCGUGUCCUAUAGACAUGUGCCUGUUGUCAAAUCCAUGUUUUCCUGGUGUGGCGUGCACAUCACGCAGCGAGGGAUCAUGGGAAUGUGGACAAUGUCCGUUGGGUUUACAAGGCAAUGGCACUCACUGUGAAGAUGUAAAUGAGUGUGAAGUGGACGGUGUGUGUGUUACAGAGUGUGUAAACACAGACCCUGGGUUCUACUGUCUGCCCUGUCCUCCUCGAUAUAAAGGCACACAGCCAUACGGCCUUGGACUACAAGAAGCCCUGAAAACCACUCAGGUGUGUGAGCCAUACAAUCCUUGCAAAGAUAACACACACACCUGCCACAAGUAUGCUGCGUGUGUGUACCUGGGCCUGGCCUCUGAGGUUUUGUACAGGUGUGUGUGUGCUGUCGGAUUUGCUGGUGAUGGCUUUUUGUGUGGCGAGGACUCUGACCUGGACGGUUGGCCCAACAACAGACUGACCUGCAAGAAAAAUGCAACCUAUCACUGUCAGAAGGAUAAUUGCCCAAUGUUGCCAAACUCUGGACAAGAAGACCUGGACAAAGACGGACAAGGCGACGCCUGUGAUCCUGAUGACGACAAUGACAGCAUCAUAGAUGAGAGGGACAACUGCCCACUGGUGUUCAACCCACGGCAGUAUGACUCAGACAGAGAUGGCGUUGGGGACAGCUGUGAUAACUGUCCGUUUGAGAGCAACCCACUGCAGAGAGACACCGAUGACAACGGAGAGGGAGACGCUUGCAGCAUUGACAUUGAUGGAGAUGAGGUUCUGAAUGACCGCGACAACUGUCCCUCAGUCUACAACACUGACCAGAGGGACACAGAUAUGGAUGGUGUUGGAGACCAGUGUGACAACUGUCCCCUUCUACACAACCCACUGCAGCUGGACUCUGACAGUGACCUGGUUGGGGACAUGUGCGAUGACAAUGAGGACAUUGAUGAGGACGGCCACCAGAACUCUCUGGACAACUGUCCCUAUGUUGCCAACAGCAACCAGGCCGACCACGAUAAAGAUGGGAAGGGAGAUGCGUGUGACCACGAUGAUGACAAUGACGGAAUCCCAGACGAUCGUGACAACUGCAGACUGGUGUCCAACAGGGACCAGAUGGACACUGACGGUGACGGCAGUGGAGAAGCCUGUUUUGAUGACUUUGACAAUGACACUAUUCCAGACGCGCUGGAUCCCUGUCCACUGAACCAGGAUAUUGGUUCUACAGACUUCAAGAAGUUUCAGGUUGUUUUGCUGGACCCUAAAGGCACAACGCAGUCUGACCCCCUGUGGGUGAUCCGCAGCCAGGGCACAGAGCUGCUGCAGACGGCCAACUCGGACCCUGGAAUCGCUCUCGGAUAUGACAAGUUCAGUGCUGUCGACUUCAGUGUGACAUUUUAUGUGAACACCAACCGAGAUGAUGACUACGCCGGCCUUGUGUUCGCCUACCAGUCUAGCCAACGCUUCUAUGUUGUGAUGUGGAAACAGGUGUCUCAGGCCUACUGGGAGAAAAAGCCCUCUAAAGCUUUUGGCACAGCGGGAGUUUCCAUUAAACUGGUCAACUCCAGCACAGGACCUGGGGAGUAUCUACGCAAUGCACUCUGGCACACCGGAAAUACCAGAGACCAGGUCAGAACACUGUGGCAUGACCCCAAUAAAACUGGAUGGAGGGACUACACAGCUUACCGCAUGCACCUGAUUCACAGACCCAAGACUGGGUUCAUCAGGGUGGUGGUGUAUGAGGGCAGGGAGAUUUUGACUGAUUCAGGAGCAGUGUAUGACCACACACUGGCUGGAGGCAGACUGGGAUUGUUUGUCUUCUCUCAGGAGCGCGUCCUCUUCUCAGACCUCAGAUAUGAGUGUAGAGAUAACUGAUGUUUUUUGCUAAAAAUAUUCAGAAAAAAGCUUCAACAUCCCUCCAGAGAUGCACACAGAAAAUCUUAAGACAACUGAGAUGCACCAGACGCAGCCAAGCCUGUCAGUUAGUGGCAAUCAUCUAGCAGCUUUUUAUGCAGCAGCAUUGAUUUCAGACUGUCUCAUUCGCUGUAUGUAUCUGUGGACUCUGACAGCAUCUCUAAUGAAACUCAUUCUCACUGCUUCCUUUUGUGCUUUCCUUAAAGUUGUAAAUAAUUAUUUAUUGUCAGAUACCCGGUGUGACAGAGAGACGUGCGAGGACGACGGAGAAAGUGGAACAAAUGUCUGGUAUCUUAAUAAUAAAAUACAGUUUUUAUCCAGUU